GACUGAGAGAGGGAUACAGUCCUCCCCUGUCGACACUUCAUCUGUCUUGGCGUGAUUGAACAGUGGACUGUUUAGAUAUUCAGUGUAUCGGUUCUUCUAGGCCCGUCGGUGUCUGGCUGUUAGACUUGUCCAACGGUUAGCUUGUCAGUUACUUACUCUGACUACAUGGCCAGCUAGCACGAUACAGCUAACUAUUGUUAGCUACUGGCUUCAGCUCGACACCCGGACCCGGCGAAGUGAAGAGCCGAGGAGGGCAAUGGCAAGAGUUCACUCGGAUAGCCCUUUCAGAAGAAACAACGACUAACCAGACUGAACAAGUCCAGAUUUCUUUAGUUCUUUGAGUCACCGGUUGUUGGUGUUACUGUAAUCCCCAUCAUGGUGCAGAAGUACCAGUCACCCGUGCGGGUGUACAAGCAUCCAUUUGAGCUGGUGAUGGCGGCCUAUGAGCGCAGAUUCCCCACCUGUCACCUCAUCCCCAUGUUUGUGGCGAGUGACGUGGUGAAUGAAGAGACCAGCGAAGACGAAUCCACCCACAGGAUCGAGCGCCGCUGCGCCCUGGAUGUAGAUGCCCCACGCCUGCUCAAAAGGAUUGCGGGUGUGGACUACGUGUACUUCAUCCAGAAAAACACACUGAACCGAAAGGAGAGGACACUGCACAUUGAGUCUCAUAAUGAGACCUUCUCCAACAGGGUCAUCAUCCAUGAGACCUGCUGCUAUUCGGUUCACCCAGAGAAUGAGGACUGGACGUGCUUUGAGCAGACCGCCAGCCUGGACAUCAAGUCAUUCUUUGGCUUUGAGAGCACAGUGGAGAAGAUUGCUAUGAAGCAGUAUGCCAGCAGUAUCAACAAGGGGAAAGAAAUCAUCGAGUACUACCUGAGGGAGCUAGAAGAAGAGGGGAUCACCCGGGUACCCCGCUGGACUCCCUCAUCCCUUUCCCUGCCUCCCCCCAGGCCAACCAGCCUCUCCACCAGCCCACCUGACCUCCCAAAGCUCGUGGUGACACCCGCCGUUUCUAUUCCACUGCCUGCCAACGCCAGGGACGACAUCUCUGAGGACGCCAAGCAAGACAGCAGCGUGCUUCAGGCAGACAGCCUAACUGAGAUUCUGGCUGGUACACCUGAAGACAAGCUGGAUGCAGACUAUAUCAAACGUUACCUAGGCGACCUGACCCCCAUGCAGGAAAGCUGUCUGAUCAGACUUCGCAAAUGGCUGCAGGAGACGCACAAGGGGAAGAUCCCUAAGGACGAGCACAUUUUGCGUUUCUUGCGGGCCAGGGACUUCAACAUGGACAAGGCCCGUGAGAUCCUGUGUCAGUCGCUGACCUGGAGGAAGCAGCACCAGGUGGACUACCUGCUGGAGACCUGGAGUUCACCGCAGGUCCUCCAGGACUACUACACUGGGGGCUGGCACCACCACGACAGAGAUGGUCGUCCUUUGUACAUCCUGAGGCUGGGCCAGAUGGACACUAAAGGGCUGGUCCGCGCUCUCGGAGAGGAGUCUCUCCUCAGACAUGUGCUGUCUAUCAAUGAGGAGGGUCUGAGACGCUGUGAGGAGAACACCAAGGUGUUUGGUCGACCCAUCAGUUGUUGGACGUGUCUGGUAGAUCUGGAGGGGCUGAACAUGCGUCACCUGUGGCGACCAGGAGUCAAGGCGCUGCUGAGGAUCAUCGAGGUUGUGGAGGCCAACUACCCAGAGACUCUGGGACGGCUGCUUAUCCUGAGAGCGCCCAGGGUCUUCCCUGUCCUCUGGACACUGGUGAGUCCAUUCAUUGAUGAAAACACCCGCAAAAAGUUCCUCAUCUAUGCAGGCAAUGACUACCAGGGUCCUGGAGGUCUGGUAGACUACAUCGACAAGGAGAUCAUCCCUGACUUCCUGGGAGGAGAGUGUAUGUGUGAGGUACCCGAAGGCGGCCUGGUUCCCAAGUCGAUGUACCGCACAGCUGAGGAGCUCGAGAACGAGGAUGUCCGCCUGUGGACGGAGACAAUCUACCAGAGCGCCAGCAUCUUCAAGGGAGCUCCACAUGAGCUGCUGAUAGAAAUCAUUGACGCCUCCUCAGUCAUCACCUGGGACUUUGACGUGUGCAAAGGCGACGUCGUUUUCAACAUCUACCACUCCAAGCGGGCCCCCCAGCCGCCACGUAAAGACCCCCUGGGAGCCCACGGCAUCACCUCUCCGGGUGGCAACAACGUCCAGCUUAUCGACAAGUCAUGGACGCUGGGGCAAGACUACAGCAUGGUGGAGUCCCCACUCACCUGCAAGGAGGGAGAGAGCGUGCAGGGCUCCCACAUAACACGAUGGCCAGGCUUUUACAUCCUCCAGUGGAAGUUCCACAACAUGCCGGCCUGCUCGGCCACCAACCUGCCCCGGGUGGACGACGUGCUGGCCACCCUGCAGGUCUCCUCGCACAAGUGUAAAGUCAUGUACUACACCGAGGUGCUGGGCUCUGAGGACUUCAGAACCGCUUGCUGUGAUGUGCAGAGUUUGGGUUCGAUGACCAGCCUGGAGUCGAGCCACAGCGGCUUCUCUCAGCUCAGCGCCGCCACCACCUCCUCCAGCCAAUCGCAGUCCAGCUCUAUGAUCUCCAGGUAGAGAACGGAAGGAGAGGAUUUCAAUCCCCCCCACUGCCUUUACCAUCAACACUGAAGCCAACUCUUCUCCUGUCCCCCCUCCUCCUACUCCUCCUCCUUGUCUUUGGACUCUGUUCCUAAUGCACAGCCAGUCUGUAUGGAACUGAAGCAUGCUUGCACAAACAGAAGACAAAGAAUUAAACAAAUCUGAGGCAAAAAGAAAAAAAAACAGACUGUGUACAAUUUAAAGGGCUGAUUUUUUGCACAAUGGUCAUAUAUUUCUCGUGUCUGGCAUCUCUGCCAGGCCGCAGUUUGAAUCAUCAAACAUUAGCGGAAUGUUUGUUUGCAUCAUGUCGUGUGCAGGGUGGAAAGGUUAAAGGUCGAGGGCUGGGUUGAGGUGUCUUUGCGGCACUGGAAGCUGAAAGAAGCAAUAUUCUCAUUCUGGGAGCGACGGGACCGGAUGACGACACUGGAGGCCACUGUUACAUUUAUGCAUUUACAUGUACAUCCACAUAAACUGUACUGAGGCGACGCAUACCUCAUUCAUGUGCGUUGGCCGAAAAGACUACAUGUACUGUUACAUACAACAAAACACCACCAACACAAAAACAUACACCUGGACAUUUAAUGACUUGCAAAAAUUUAAAGUGUUUGCCAUAUUGUUACCAGAGAGGUUUGUUCGAUCUGGUGAACUGUUUAUAGGUCAAGUGGGCGGGUGGGGGAAAAUCUUCAGACCAGGGUCGAAUAUCGCCUGCAAUUUCUUUUUUUCUUUUUUUCUUUUUUCUGUAUGGAAUUAACGGAGUGGGUGGAGCUCACUGAAUCAUGACAGUGCAGAUGGUGUCAGCAAAGUUGCCAGUUGACAGGAAGAUAGAGAUGCGUUCCUGUGGCUGUGUGAGCUUUUUGGCAUUCAUGUUGUUGUCUUAUGUGGCAAAGCCCACCCGUCUGUCUCACGAGGGCUUUAUCACACCUUGAAAAGCAUUUGACUAUUUGACCUGGGUCUGACUCUUGGCGAAGUAAUCCGCUAGAAGCAAUAACACAAGUUUGACUUUCUACUGUGUGAAAUAUUUCUAUUUAUCAUUCAGAUGUAUAUGGAAGAUCAUGGGUGCUGAUUGCAGAUGACUAUUUUGUUGUGUACAGGCAGACAAGUCAAACUGAGCCAGUAAACCGCUAAACUCUGUGGCAUCAACAUUAUCACUGAUAGUCUCCGUUACCAUUAUGGCAGGAGAGACACAAAAAUAACUGGUCAGAGUUUCUGCUGGGCAGUUUAUUAUACUCUUACAUUGAAAACUUCAGUAAUCAUUACCUGGAAUGACCACACUUAGUUUGCUUUAUGUCCCAGCGUCUGCACGAUUGAGGACCUCGAGUCAAAUUCAAGUCAUCAUGGACAUGCCUUGUCACUGAUUUGUGAAUGUGCUACUGAUUGGUUAGCACUCGCUAACCAAUGAAAUACCUGAAUUUGGAGGGUUGUGGUGUAAUUGGGCAGAACUGCCACCAUUGUCUACUUCUUUUUCAGAGUGAUGUCGAUUUCAGUGUGCAUUGGGGAUGAAUGUUACUUUGUGAUUAUCAUUUGAUGGCGCGCCAGUAGACAACAUAUUGAAACUGUACAUGUGCUUGGUUGGAGUUUCUUACUGUUUUUCAGAGGAGUACUUGAUGGGGUGAAGCAGUGUGGUGUGUUGCUGCAUGCUCACGUGGUGAUUGGGUUUACAGAUUUAUUAUUUAAAAAUUUUAAAAGAUAGCCAUUCUAAGAGCCAUGUGUCAAUAAAUACCAUUUUAGCCUUUAUAAGCAUUACUUAGAAACGUACCUGCUUUUUUCAAGGUCACCACUGUAAUAGAUGAGCGAUUGUGAAUUGAAUGAACAUUUCUAAAUGCAACACAUCCAUGCAACAGUUUUUUGUUUUGUUUUUUAAUACAGUUUAUUUGGUUAAUAAGCAUUGAUGACUUCACAUAGAUCGGACUCCCUGUAGAGGGCAGAAAUGAUCACCAUUGCCAAGAGUCAUCGGGUGCUGUUGCCAUGGUAAACGAGUGCAGCUGCCAGCAAAAAGAAACAAAAUAAAUGAAAAAAACACAGAUAGGACGGAGGCUUUCUCCUGUAAUUACUGGCCCUGCCUGAUGUUGUUUUUUUGAUACAUGAAACUGCUUGUUUUUAACUGUAAAUGAAAGGUCAAGGGUUAACGUGGUAACUAUUUGUCAUUAACUGCAAUAACAUGAAAUGCUUUAUUGAGAUAAAGGACCUCCUCAGAUUGAGGGAUAUUAGGUGUGUAUGAUGGUGUAAAAGAAUGAAUGUUAGGAACAGUGGCAUAAAAGAAUUGCCUGUAAAAUGUGUGUAAACACUCUCUCUGACCCUUAGGGCAGGUGUGUUUCUCUAUUCUACUAGAACCACACAACUAACCUUUCUUCACCUGGUUAUUUAUUUCUCCAGUAUACUUGAUUUCCUUUUCUUCAAUGGUUCAACUGAUGAAACAACAAACAGCAUCACUUCAGUCCGAACUACUCUUAUACUUCCUUUUCUCUCUCUAUCUACUCUUUAUCACUUGUACACUCCGGUUUUGCAGUUUUGCUUUCAAACACCUCAUUGUGUAUAUCUUAGAAAGCAGAGUGGACCUUUGAUUGAAGCCAUAGGCAUAAACACUGACCACUUUUCAUCAAGAUCUCAUUGACAAAUGAGGGCUAUAACUGUUCGUCUUGACUGGUCAACACAUUUGUCUGUGUCCCUGCUUCCUUUUCCGACAUCGUUGCAUAUCUUCUCUUUACCUUGAUGUGAGAAAUUAUGUAAAAAGUACAUGUUUGGAUUAAUGAGAAUAUGGCGCCUUUACAUGUUUUGAAAACAUUAAACUUGAAUUAUCAAAAAAUA